ACUGCUCUUCCUUUCUCUCUCUAGAAUUCGAGAUCUCGAAACCCUAGAUAAAAGUUAUCAGAUUUUGUUUUCUGGUUUCGCCGAUGAAGCUCGGUAUAUCUGCUUCUUCACGCCUUGAUUUCUUUGAAAUUUUCAGGACCUAAACAAAGUAAACAAACAUUCUACAAUGCCUUCUGACCUGUGGGGUCUACCCCCAUAUGAUUUAGCUGCAGAAGAAAGCAGCAGCAUGCAACCUGAAUGGCAAUAUGACUAUCACUUUGGCUAUGGGUUUGAUGUGAUUGAAGAAGAUGCUUUGAAUGAGAAAUUUUGCCUGCAAGUAUUAAGGAUAUUGAUAUCAAAAGCUGAUGCUGAGAUUGAUGAGCUUGAAAACCGUUUGGUGUCACUGCAAUGCGAACUGGCGUGGGCUGAAUAUGAUGACUGGUCUGUAAUUUGUUGCAAUGCUUUGAGUAAAAGGAUUGAUUGCCUUGAAGUUUCAAUAAAGUCUUUGAGGAACAAAGACGAGAAUGAUGUCGAGGUUCAUCUGUUGAUGCAUACGCAACCUGCUGAGAAAUUAGGUGAUAUACUGAAGGUUCUGCUUAAAAGUUAUUGCCACAACAAAGAUAAGCAGAACAAGCAGCCUCUGGAUGGUACUGUCUUAGAUUCAGGAUCUGAUUCUAUAGGACAUGUGGCUGACCGUUUGCUUGAGAGCCAAAAACUGAGUGUCCUUGAUUUAAAUGUUGCUGCAAAGGAGGAAACACAAAGUCCCUGUAUUACUCACACAGAAAACUGUACUACCAUAAAUACAUCUUGCGAGCUUCUGGAGAAGAAAUCAAAUAGCUCAGAAACAGUGAAGCUAGACAAUACUGAUGCCAAAGAUCAAAUAGAACGUCCUUUGGCACUGGCAGCUGACCGUUCUGGGAAGAACAAAGUUGCAAACAACCAUGUCUUAGAAACUACUAGAGGGAAACAGAGAGCCAAAGAGCAGGAUUAUUCUCCGAAAGACAAAAUAGUCAUCCAAAGUUCGCCUUCCAAGUCUGCAGGGAAGAGAAUGCUUAAGCUUGAAAUGGUUAAGGUUAAGGAACAUGCAAUGGGGUACCUGAACAAGAAGAAGAAAUUGAAAGUUUCUGGUUUGAAAAUUAUAAGUGAAGAAAACCAAGAACAAAGUUCUAUAUCUACAGAAGAUGUUGUUAUUUUAGAUUCAUCACCAAUGCCCGUGGAAGAGAGGGUAGAUCAUGGUAAGAAGGUCAAGCUUGCGAAUACCAUUUCCAAAAUUCAAGUCUCACGUGCUUGUAACUGUAAACAAACAACUGGCCUUUCUAAGGAGAUGAAACAGCUUCGCAAAUCUGGUUUUAAAGUUAAUGGACAUGAAGUCGAAGAGUAUCUUGUAUUUGUGGAUGACAAAGAUGCUAUAUCAAAUUCAUCCUUGGUUCCUGGAUGCAACGGAAGUGUGUCAAAACCGGAUAAGCCUGCAAGUGCCAUGAUUAAAAUUGAGAGUCCUGAUACUUUGAGACAUGCAACUGACCUCGACAGGAGUAGGGAUAAUUCUGCUUUCCUGCUAGGUGCUCUCAGUCAGAAGAAAAGUCUGAAUUUUGAUAUAGAUCAAAAACUGUGUGAUAUAGCUGUGGAGGCUACACAUAAAUGUAGCAUGAAGGAAACAAAGGUUUCUUCAACUGAUAAGCUGGAGUCUAGUUCAUUAUUGAAGGGACAAGGGAAGAGGAAAGAUCCUUUGCAACUUGAAAAAGUAAAAAUAGUUGCUUUAAACAAUACAAAACAUUCUGCCUUAACUUCACUCAUAGAUUUGCAGGCUGAGAGAGCAAAAAUGAAAACCAGCCUACAGCUGAAAGGGGGAAAAAUGCAACUGGGGGAAAGAGAAAUGGCUGCUAGUGAUGAGAAACUUGAUACAAACUUGUCCAUGGUUCCACAAGGAAAGAAGGCAAAGCUGAGUUUCAAGUCAAAUCCACCAAACAAUCAAGAAUGCAAUCCAAUUUCUAAGGGAAAUGUCUCAAAUUCAUCUUUGAGUCCAAAUGCUAGCGGGCAGGAUUGUAGGGUCCAAAGUAAAAUAGUUCCGCGUUUCCUGUUGGAAGCUGAGGAUAAAGGCCCAAAACUGGAUGAUACCAAGAAGUCUAUUUCGUCAUCACAGAAGAAAUGUAAAAAGGCUUCAAGUCUACCAAUGGUUGUUGAGAUGAGAAGUUCAAUUCUUCAAAUUGAAUUCUCAAAAUUGCAUGAGACAACCGAUGGUACAGGGAAAAAAGGAUGUUCAAUUUCAGAUUCAGAGUCCUGUUCUGCUGUUGAUUCCUGCAUUAGGGUAUCAUUGCGUUCUGCUAUAAGUGAUCUGAAGGGCAUGAAAUUGUCUGAUCUGAGGGCCAUUGCAAAGGAACAACAGCUGACAAAAUACUCCAAGCUCCGAAAAGAUGAUCUGGUAGAAAAAAUAGUAAAUCGACUCUAUUGUUAAUAUGGUUGGUUUGUGUAUAGGUUGGUUCUCCAUUUUGUUUCAUUGUGGUAUAUGUUUGGACAAU